CUCCAGGAAUUUGUGGCGGAGUGGGCAAAUAACCGCGGCUCUCCCGGCGCCCCGAUGCUCGCACCAUGUCGAGGCGCAAGCAGGCGAAACCCCAACACAUCAACUCGGAGGAGGACCAGGGCGAGCAGCAGCCGCAGCAGCCGGCCCGGGAGUUUGCAGAUGCGGCCCCAGCGGCGCCGGCGGCGGGGGAGCCGGGUGCUCCAAUGAACCACCCAGGGAACGGCGAUGACGUGAGUGGGGAUGGAGUGACGAUGAAGAGGCUUCGUCGGGAAGACACUCACAUCUGUGAGAAGUGCUGUGCGGAGUUCUUCAGCUUCUCUGAGUUCUUAGAACAUAAGAAAAAUUGCACUAAAAAUCCACCUGUCCUCAUCAUGAAUGACAGUGAGGGGCCGGUGCCUUCAGAAGACUUCUCUGGGGCUGUGCUGAGCCACCAGCCGCACAGUCCGAGCAGUAAGGAUGGUCACCGGGAGGAUGCCGGCAGCUCAGGGGACGUGAAGGAGAAGCCGGGGGCAGAGCCCGUCAUGUACCUAAAGACGGAGACCGCUGUGCCACCCACUCCCCAGGACAUAAGCUAUUUACCCAAAGGCAAAGUGGCCAACACUAACGUCACUCUUCAAGCACUACGGGGCACCAAGGUGGCGGUGAAUCAGCGGAGUGCGGAUGCUCUGCCAGCCCCCUUGCCUGGUGCCAACAGCAUCCCGUGGGUCCUCGAGCAGAUCUUGUGUCUGCAGCAGCAGCAGCUACAGCAGAUCCAGCUCACCGAACAGAUCCGCAUUCAGGUGAACAUGUGGGCUUCCCACGCCCUCCACUCCGGCGUGGCGGGAGCUGAUACCCUGAAGACACUGGGCAGCCACAUGUCCCAGCAGGUUUCGGCCGCUGUGGCUCUGCUCAGCCAGAAGGCUGGAAGCCAAGGUCUGUCUCUGGAUGCCUUGAAACAAGCCAAGCUACCUCACACAAACAUCCCUUCCACCACCAGCUCCGUGUCCCCAGGGCUGACACCCUUCGCCCUGAAGCCAGAUGGGACCAGGGUGCUCCCGAACGUCAUGUCACGCCUCCCGGGUGCCCUGCUACCUCAGGCCCCAGGCUCUGUGCUCUUCCAGAGCCCCUUCUCCACGGUGGCGUUAGACCCAUCCAAGAAAGGGAAAGGGAAGCCACCGAGCAUCUCCCCAGUGGAUGUCAAACCCAAAGACGAGGCCAUCCUCUACAAGCACAAGUGUAAGUACUGUAGCAAGGUUUUUGGGACUGAUAGCUCCUUGCAGAUCCACCUCCGUUCCCAUACUGGAGAGAGACCCUUCGUGUGCUCUGUCUGUGGCCACCGGUUCACCACCAAGGGCAACCUCAAGGUGCACUUUCAUCGACAUCCCCAGGUGAAGGCAAACCCCCAGCUGUUUGCCGAGUUCCACGACAAAAUGGCGGCAGGCAAUGGCCUUCCCUAUGCACUCUCUGUACCUGUCCCUGUAGAUGAAUCGAGUCUCUCUUUAGACAGCAAACCUGUCCUGGUAACAGGGACCCCCAAUGUAGGGCUACCUCAGAAUCUCUCUUCGGGGACUAACCCCAAGGACCUCAUGGGUGGCCCACUGCCCAACGACCUGCAGCCUGGGCCUUCUCCGGAAAGUGAGGAUGGAUCCAUACUCUCUGGGGUGGGGCCAAACCAUAAUUCCCUGAGGGUUGGUGGCUUCCAAGGGAGUGGGACACCCGAGCCAGGGUCAGAGACUCUGAAAUUGCAGCAACUGGUGGAGAACAUCGACAAGGCCACCACCGACCCCAAUGAAUGUCUCAUUUGCCACCGUGUCUUAAGCUGCCAAAGCUCCCUCAAAAUGCAUUACCGCACCCACACUGGGGAGAGACCCUUCCAGUGUAAGAUCUGUGGUCGAGCCUUCUCCACCAAAGGCAACUUGAAGACACACCUCGGGGUUCACCGAACCAACACAUCCAUAAAGACGCAGCAUUCGUGCCCCAUCUGCCAGAAGAAGUUUACCAACGCAGUCAUGUUGCAGCAGCAUAUUCGGAUGCACAUGGGUGGGCAGAUUCCCAACACACCCCUGCCGGAGAAUCCCUGUGAUUUUACAGGUCCCGAGCCAAUGAUGGUCAGUGAGAAUGGCAGUACAGGUGCCGUCUGCCAUGAUGAUGUUGUCGAAAGCAUCGAUGUAGAUGAAGUUGGCCCCCAGGAUGCCCCCAGUAGCUCCUCAAAGGUCCCCAUGCCUCUUCCCAACGUCCACUCGGCAUCACCUACUCUAGGGUUCACCAUGAUGGCGUCCCUAGAUGCCCCAGGGAAAGUGGGUCCUGCUCCUCUUGUCCUUCAGCGACAGAGCAGCAGAGAAAACGGUUCAGUGGAGAGUGAUGGCUUGACCAACGACUCGUCGUCCUCCGUGAUGGGAGACCAGGAAUAUCAGAGCCGAAGUCCAGACGUCCUGGAGACCACGUCCUUCCAGGCACUCUCCCCGGCCAAUAGCCAAGCAGAAAGUAUCAAGUCCAAGUCUCCUGAUGCUGGCGGCAAAGCAGACGGCUCCGAGAGCGGCCGCCCUGAGAUGGAAGGUCGGAGCAGUCUCCCAUCACCCUUUAUCCGAGCCCAGCCAACCUAUGUCAAAGUUGAAGUUCCUGGUACGUUUGUUGGACCUGCGACCAUGUCCCCAGGCGUGACACCUUUGUUAGCGGCCCAGCCACGCCGACAGGCCAAGCAGCACGGGUGCACGCGAUGCGGGAAGAACUUCUCGUCUGCCAGCGCUCUUCAGAUUCACGAGCGGACGCACACUGGGGAGAAGCCUUUCGUGUGUAACAUAUGUGCACGAGCUUUUACCACUAAAGGCAACUUGAAGGUCCACUACAUGACGCACGGGGCCAGCAAUAGCUCUGCACGCCGGGGGAGGAAGCUGGCCAUCGAGAACACCAUGGCUCUGUUAGGAACGGAGGGAAAGAGAGUCCCCGAGAUGUUUCCCAAGGAAAUCCUGGCCCCUUCGGUGAAUGUGGACCCUGUCGUGUGGAACCAGUACACCACCAUGCUCAAUGGCGGUCUGGCCAUGAAGACCAACGAGAUCUCCGUGAUCCAGAGCGGUGGCAUUCCUACCCUCCCGGUUUCCCUGGGGGCCAGCUCCAUCGCGAAUAACAACGCUAUCUCCAAGAUGGAUGGCUCCCAGUCAGCUCUCAGCGCCGAAGUAGAGAAACCAGGGGCUGCCGACAGUGUUCCCAAGCACCAGUUCCCUCACUUCCUGGAGGAAAACAAGAUCGCAGUCAGCUAAGGAGAACCCACGUGGAAGGAGAAAUGCAGACAGUGACCUCUAGAACUGUACCUUUUUUGUUGUUUUUUAAGAACCCAUCUUCUCCUGUUUGUUAUCUUACGGAUGUGCAAAUGAUGUUUACAGUUGUGACCACAACCUCAGGCAAGUCCUACAAUCAUGAUGCUAUGCUGCUUUGCAAAAGAAAACAAAAAACAAAAACAAAAAAAAGAAAAAUUGAAAAAAAGAAAAAAAAAAUUACACUAAAACAAAUACAGACUAGUGUUUGGUUUUUGUUUGUUUUUUUUAAAUUCUGGAAAGAAGCGGGUCUUGCAAAGUAGCUUUGUUACUUGCGACAAAUUGUAUACAUAAAACCUUUGUGUAACCUGGAGUAACUGUUUCCAAAGACCGGCGUCUGUUUCAAGUGGGAACUUACUGAACCACAAUGGAAAAGACAACUGUUUGAGUCUAAUGGGAGGGGGAGGGGUGCUAUAUACUCUUGUAGUGACUGUAUGCCGGUCAAUGGACAAGAUCUGUCAUCUAUUUAGGGACCUGUUUUCUAUCCCCAGCCCCUCACAUCCAUCCUUUUUUUUUUCUUUUCUUUUUUGAAUGUACUUUAAAAAAACAAAACAAAAAAACCCCUAAGGUUGUAGAAAUUACUAAAUUCCUUCAACCUUGGAACCUUAAGUAGGAUGCCCUCAAGGGACUGAUUUUAGUCCUUAGGGAGUCAAUUGUGUGUGCUGCUUAUUUAAAUACAGUUCCCUUGGCGCCCCAGGAGUGCCAAGGUACUUCCCUGUGCUUUUCCAGAUGCCGCCUCCUUCCUGAACCCGGGGGAGGUGGGCAGCGGAGCAGGGAAUCUCAGGUGACUGACUUUAGCUCGCCAGUGCCUACUUUAUCGAAGAACUGGGUUUUCCUUCUUGAAGAAACUCCUGGAAGGGCGUGUUUCUUAUAGGUUCACAUACUGAUUUUUACAAACAUUUCCUUGGUGCGACUUAUGCCAAGUAAUGAUGAAGAUUUUUUUCCCCCUGAGUAUUGCAUGAAGGCUACGAAGUUGGAACAGGCAAGUCCUGGAUGUGAAAGCUUUAAUUUAUCUACCUCAUUUAUUUUUUAUUUUUGUAGCCAUAGUCUCUAUUUUCCUAUUUUAUGACCGCUGAAGUGUUUCUAGCCUCUGUCUUAAACCUAAGAGUUGAUUGAUGUAUUGGUGGGAGCAGCUGGAUGAUGCGAUUCUUUUUUUUUAACCCCCUUUUUGUAUAUGUAAUAUUAAGCAAACAACGAAACGUUGCUCUAACAAUUUAACAAGGGAGGAGAAAGAAAGACCCGGAUUUUGGGGUGGAGAAGUCUUUCCCCCUCCAUGUGGAAAAGUAGAGCAAGACUGUUAGCGAAAGUUUGUCUUCAGUUAUUGCACCUGAUUUUAGGAUCCAAAAAAAUAUUUUGUUUUUGCCAAAUUGUGCCUUUCCUUCUGGAAUUGUAAGUGAACACAAGAAUAGUACAUGUUUACACUGUGAAGUGGAUAUUGUUACAGACAACACACCAGAGGCUUUCUCACUGUUAAGCUAAUAAUGUCUUGUGAAUGUACGAUCUACGG